AUGAUACACAAAUUUGAAUUGACAACACACUCUUGGUACAAAAGAGUGUAUGAACUCAACAAGAAAUGGUGUCCAGCCCUUGGUAGAGAUUUCUUUUCAGCAGGAAUUCUUUCAUCACAUAGGAGUGAAAGCACAAAUCAUGCAAUAGGUUUCAGAGCAAGUAAAUCAACUACCUUGACAAAAUUUUAUGCCAUAUUUAAGAAGACAAUCAAUCGUUGGAGAAGCACAGAGAAAUAUAAUGAGUUCACCUGUAGCAAGCCAAUAGCAUUCACUUCAUUGCCACUGCCCGAAAUACUAAAGCAUGUUGCACAGGUUUUCACUUUGUCAUUCUUCAGAGAUUUUGAAGAGGAGUUUGGAUACUCUAUGCCAACAACUGUUCAAAUGAUAGGGAGAACUGAGGAAUAUGUACUUUAUCAAGUAUCCCUAGAAGACAAGCCAUGGUCUGCACAUUAA